AUGACACCCGUCGAGCUCAACGUUGACGUCUUGGAAGCAAUCCUUUCCUAUCUAUCAGGAAAAGAUGCUUUUCAUGCCGCUCUCUGCUCGUCACAGUUCUACACUCUGGCCUAUCCAUUAGCAUUCUCAGCUCGGGAAGGGUACUGGCCGAUGUCCACCAAGAUCAUAAGGACCCUUCAUCAACCUGAAAACUCCAACACCAACAGAUCCAGUUUCCUGAGGAGACUAAGCCUCAACGGGAUCGACCGGUCUCUGUACUCCAUUCUCGUCGGCCAUCUUCUGAACGCCCGGAAGAUGCACACUCUGCAGCUUACCGAAGUGGAUAGCAUUUUUUCGGCGGACGAACGGGCUUUCUCGGCGCUGAAGGCUAUGUUACAACUUACCCAUUUAACUCUCUUGGAUAUUGGCAAGCGGACCCUGCAGGUGCUCUCCUCGAUUCGCGCCGGCAAACUCAGCACCCUCAAGCUUCGUUUCAUCUCAAAAAAGGCACCGGACCAGACAUUCACAAUCACUCAGCUCUUGUCUUCUUUAUCAGCCUCUCAUGAACUACGUGCGCUAGAGCCCCUCGAGGGAUGGGAAGCCUGGAUCACCGGAUCAGAUCUGGACACACCUGUCCCGCCGCUCCCCCGUCUUCAGCAUCUCAGGGUUAUAUCAACCCUCCCUUCCGUUUUCCUGUGGAGUGGCCUUCAGUACUUCCCUCAUCUCUCUAGCCUUCAAAUUUCACGUCCCUUGCGCGUACGCGGCCACGUCCAUCCCUCCGACGCCCCUGUGUGGCCUUCGCUACAAGAGCUCCAUUUGCCAGGCUGGAUCGACCUCAGCAUCAUCGACUCUACCGGUUUCCGCGUCCAGCAUUUACACGUAGGCGCCGACUACAGGAUCACCGUGUCCUCGCAAAACCUAUGUCCGGACCAAAUGGCGCAUGAAGCCCUUAUUACGCUCAUCCAAGAUGUACUCACGCGUGCACUCACCCUUUAUCUCGUCAUGCCCUUGCCCGAGGGAUCCAAAACGCAUCCCGGCGGCAACUUCUGGAAGGAUUUGGGAACGGGAUACACGGCACUGCGAUCCUUGAAUUUGCGCCUCACUUCCUACGACUUGAGCCAAGGUCCAAACUACGCGAUCGUCGCGGCCACGCUCCCCACCGCGCUCAGCUCUCUGCGCUUGUACUCCUUUCACUUGGACGCUCCGCGCAUGGAGUGGUGGCGAGCGUACGACAUUCGGCUCUGCCCGCCAGGGGUUCCAGUGCUACGCUGGGUCGCGGACGUUGUGGAGAGCGACGUGGACCGCCUCAGGAUGCUCCACUCGCUUCCAGGUCAGCUCGUGGACGCGAUUCCGACGUUGCGCGUUCUUGGCGUGGGGACGUGUCUCCCCGCGCUGCAUCCGGACCGGGGAAAGAAGGGAUGGGAAGGCUUCAAUAAGAAAGAUCUGGUCGACCUCGAAGAGUCAGAAGCGAGGAAGACGCUGAGAGAGAUGGGCGAGACGAACAUGACCCGGGAGCAAAGGUGGUGGAUCGUUGACAGACAGGCGGCGCCAGCGAAGAUGGUGGAAAUCUGGAGAGAGGACGGGGAGAGAGCCCGAGACAUGGUCGAGAGCGAAGGCUUUGACGCGAGCAUGAGUUUUGACGAGUUCUAUUCCGACAGGUGUCGCUACAUGCGCACGCUCAACUUAUUCGCGGUGCAAGUACGCAAUGUCGUGCUCGCUGCGGCCGCGAUGUAA